AUGAUAUCUACGCUCAGUCUCAGAGGCCGGAUACUCAGCGUCGUUCUCGCUCUCCUGUUUUUCUCGACGUUGUUUCAGUUAUGGCCGUCACGCUACUUCCAGAAUGGACACGAGGUGGGAUUGGAUAGUGGCGCACAGGUUGAUUCCGCGGUGCCUCAGCACGACUCUCAGCGGACGGGGGAUGUUCCUGGAUCUCAAAAUUCUGGUGGUCACGGCCACGAUGGCUCGGAUAACCUGCUCAACGAGACAAGGUACAUUUCAUCAUGGGGCGCAUCAGCAGGCUGGACUAACGAUGUCAUCACUUUUUCCAAUCUAGUGUAUCUCGGGAUUUUGACGGACCGGGUGCCCAUCCUCCCCGAGUUCUUGUCGACGCACAUCCGGGGCAUCAUCACCAUACCUUUCAGUGAGGUCUUCGACCUGCCUCGAUUUCGCAAGCUCUUGGGCAGGCCGGUGCUGGAAUGGCGCGAGGUGAAGGAUGCUGAGAGCGAGACCAUCGACGAGCUUGGGUGCUGGAACGUCUGGGCCACGAUGAACUUCAAGCAGCAGGAGACGCAUGAUCCUGCGCCUCGAGAAACCUGGAUAUCCGAUCUCCUAAAUCUCGACAUCUCGUACACUAAGACACCUCCGUGGAUCAGUCUGAAGCCAUACAUCCCGACUGAGCCCUGGUCGUCGUUCUGGUCUCUGGCCGCGCUGAGUUUCCCAGACAAACGUAAGGCAAGUCUGGUGCCCCCGGAGCCUUCACCCAUCAAGCAUGUUUCGCUCCCACCCGAUGAGCAUCUGCUGUGCUACGAUUUCGUUUACUAUGCCGUCGCCCUCGAGGGCCUGGAAUUCCAGUUCGAUUUUAGCCCCGCAUGGCGAUUCGUCGGAAGAUACAUGCGCUGGACGCCACGUCUAGAAAAACUCGCCGAAGAAUACACUCGGAUCGCGCUCGGCGGCGUCGAUUUGAUCCCACCCUACAUCAGCAUCCACGCGCGCCGGGACGACUUCAAAGCAUACUGUUCCGGAGGCAAAAUCUCGCAAGGUCUGUGCCUUCCGACACUCGACGGCUAUGCGGCGCAAGUCGAGGAGGUCCAGGCAGAACUGGCCGAGCGAGGCAUCCACGUCCGCCACGUGAUUAUCACAAGUGACGAAGACGACCCCGAGUGGUGGAAGCUGGUCUCCGCCCGUGGCUGGCACUACAUCGACCACGUGGGACUCAAGACGCGCGAGCGAUUGGGGGUCUGGUAUCCGAUCCUCAUCGACUCUGUCGUUCUGUCUGCAGGGAUCGGACACGUAGGCACAGAAGGCAGCACAAUGAGCUGGAUCGCUGCUAAACGAGUGCGAGACUGGCACGGCGGUGUAACACGACUGCUCGACUGGAGUAAUUCCGAGUAG